AAUGCGGAAAUAAAACUUGUAGGAGUUCGCCCUCGGUCUGCUGUCAGUUGUGUUGUCGUUGUGUCAGUGUUGAUCUGAAACAAAGAAAUAGCAUCUAACAGAAAUGUCUUUGUCGUUCGAGGGAAGAGUUGUGCUCGUCACUGGCGCUGGAGGAGGUCUUGGCAGAGAUUAUGCACUGGCUUUUGCUUCAAGAGGAGCCUCUGUAGUUGUGAAUGACCUCGGGGUAGAUACAGCAGGAGGUGGAAGGAGUUCUGCAGCUGCUGAUAAGGUGGUGCAGGAGAUAAGGGCAAAGGGAGGCAAAGCUGUGGCAAACUAUGAUUCUGUAGAAGAUGGAGAAAAGCUGAUCCAAACAGCACUGGAUACAUUCGGAAGAAUUGAUAUUGUUGUAAACAAUGCUGGGAUACUUCGAGACCGAUCAUUUCCCAGAACCAGCGAUUUGGACUGGGACCUCAUCCAUAGAAUUCACCUGAGAGGCUCUUUUAUGGUGACUCGAGCUGCUUGGAACCACAUGAGAAAACAAAAUUUUGGCAGAAUCAUCAUGACCGCUUCAGCUGCAGGCAUUUAUGGAAACUUCGGCCAGGCCAACUACAGCGCUGCCAAGCUAGGCCUGCUCGGGCUGGCUAACACCUUGGCAAUCGAGGGGCAGAAGUACAACAUUCACUGCAACACCAUUGCUCCGGUGGCUGGGUCACGCCUCACAGAAUCUGUCAUGCCGCCAGAUCUGGUGGCGGCCCUGAAGCCUGAGUUUGUUUCUCCUUUGGUCCUCUGGCUCUGUCAUGAACAAUGCCAAGACAAUGGAGGACUAUAUGAGGUUGGUGCAGGCUGGAUUGCUAAAUUGCGCUGGGAGCGUACUCAGGGCAGGAUUGUGAGACAGAGGAACAAACUUAUGACUCCUGAGGCUGUUCGAGACCAGUGGGACGAAAUCUGUGACUUUACAAACGCUGUCAAACCUUCAAAUAUACAAGAGUCCAUGGGGAUGGUUGUGGACGUGCUUUCUCGAGUGGAGUCGGACGGAGAAGCUGGUGCAAAUCUAACUGCUGCUCCAACCUCUGCAGUGUCAAAGUCACGGAUUGAUCCUAGUGCGGUUGUGGGACGACAAAUGGAAAAGGGUGAGUUCACUUACGACCACUUCCAGUCUAUUCUCUACGCUCUAGGGAUCGGCAUGUCCACCAAAGACCCGGACGAUCUUAGGUUCCUGUAUGAAGGUCAUGAUGACUUCAGCUGCUUCCCAACAUUUGCGGUCAUUCCCACACAUAAAGCCAUAAUGGGUGGAGAACUGAUGUCAAUUCCUGGACUUGAUAUCGACCCCACGCAGGUUCUGCAUGGAGAGCAUUAUUUGGAGAUUUACAAACCUCUGCCAACUUCAGGUAAACUUACCAGCGUGAGCCAUUUAGCAGACGUGUUGGACAAAGGAUCUGGAGCUGUUCUUAUUAUUGACUCGAACACCUACAACGGUGACGAGCUGCUGUGUUUCAACCAGUUCACAGUGUUUGUGGUCGGAGCUGGAGGCUUUGGAGGAAAGAGAAACUCAGACAAAGCAAAAGCUUCUCUGCCCCCUCCUAAGCGUGCUCCAGAUGCCGUGGUGAUUGAAUCAACCUCAAGAGACCAAGCCGCCUUGUAUCGUCUGAGCGGAGACUGGAACCCUCUUCAUAUAGACCCCAACUUUGCCGCCAUGGGAACCUACAAGGUUCCCAUCCUGCACGGCUUGUGCUCAGUGGGCUUUGCUGCGAGACAUGUCCUCAAGCAGUACGCCAACAACGACCCCUCCAGAUUCAAGGCUAUAAAGGUCCGCUUUGCAAAGGCAGUGUUGCCAGGUCAGUCGCUGCAGACUGAGAUGUGGAAGGAGGGCAACAGAAUCUACAUCCAGUGCAAAGUGAAAGAGAAUGGUGACAUUGCUCUGACUGGAGCCUACGUGGAUUUAUAUGGACCAUCAGAAGCUUCUCCAGAAACUCUCCACAAGCCGCUGCAGGGAGGAGGUCUUCAGAGCGAGCUGGUGUUCGCAGAGAUCGGGCGUCGCAUCAAAGACUUGGGCUCAGAGUUGGUGAAGAAGGUGAACGGCGUGUUCGGCUGGGAGAUCACAAAGGAUGGCAAGAAAGCUGCACAGUGGACCAUUGAUCUGAAGAACGGCAGCGGCUCGUUGCACAAAGGGCCGUACGGCGAGAAGGUGGAUUUGACCUUCACUGUGUCUGACGAAGACUUCAUGGAUGUGGUGACGGGGAAAAUCCCCCCACAGACGGCGUUCUUUUCUGGCAAACUGAAGGCUAAAGGCAACAUCAUGCUGAGUCAGAAACUGGAGGUCAUCCUGAAGGAUCACGCCAAGCUGUGAGCUCCUCUGCCAGCCAAUCAGAAGCCUUCAGGAACUAACCACCGUACCAACGCCUGUCCUACUUCUUGCUUUCUGAUCCGUGCGCGCAGCGAUACGCUCUGCCUCUCGUGGGACGUUGGUAACAGUCACCCACUGAGACGAGCAACACUUCAAGGUUGAAUUUUCUCAUAAAUUCAGCUUCGCUGUCGACAAGACUCCAAAGUGUCUCAAAUAGAAGAUGAAACGAGUCAUUUUUGUCACAGUUGUCGUGAGUAAAAAUACUAAACAAAAAACACUUAAGACAUUGUAAAAGUUUGACAAAGUUUUUCAAUAAAACUCUGUUUUACUUUUUGAUAUUAUGCUCAAUUACAGCUAAACUGUCUGAAUAAAAAAAACUUAUUGAUUUGGUGAUCUGUUAUGUUUUAGUAACUACUUUACUAUUCUGUUUCAUAUCAGUUGCUGUAAUCACUGCAAGAGCUUUGAACUAAUUUAAACUUUUAAAAUGAUACAACUAAAAUGUGUGCAACUGUAAUUCCAUUUUUACUAAAACAAAGAAU